AUGGCGCUCCGACGACCGCACCGGAAAUCCCGUCAUGGCUGCGUGGAAUGCAAGAGGCGACGAGUGAAGUGCGAUGAAACCCGCCCAACCUGCUCUAAUUGUGACAAACGCCAUACUGAAUGCGAGUAUGGCUCAUCGACCUCAUUCCUUUGGACAAAUGAAGACCCUGAAGGCGUUCGCGACUUCGCACGCUCGUCAAGCGCAGCUACCGACUUAGGCAUGACUCCGAGUACGGAAAAUACUCCGUCGCUUAAUGUACACGACUUGGAACUCAUGAUGCAGUGGUGCAACUCGACUUUCCACACUCUUUCGCGCAACCAACAAACGGAUCCGAUCUGGCGCAACAUCGUUCCAGAGGAGGCUCUUUCCCAUCCUUUUCUGAUGCACGGUAUUCUCGCCCUUGCGGCUUUGCAUCUUGCGCGCACAGGCCCGGAACCUUCACGUCGCGCUUCAUAUCUGAACCGCGCUGUCGCACAUCAAAACCAGGCGCUGGCGCUGUUUCGAGGAUUACUGGGUGGUAUCAAUGAAGAUAAUGCCAAGGCCAUGUUCGCAUUCGCAGGCAUCGUGGUUAUUUAUACGUUCGGUUUUCCAAAUACGCCAGGUGUUCAAGAUCCGUGGACUUCGGUCGAUGACUUGUAUCAAGUUCUGGUUUUGACCCGCGGCGUCCAGCAGGUGAUUUAUGCGCCGAGGGAUUUUCGGACUUUUCUAUCAAACAGUUCCUUCGGACCUAUCUUACAAGUCGAGACGGUCGUGGGAAUUCUUCCCGAUGAUGCGGCUGCCGCUCUACGACAAUUGCAUGCGGCGAAUGAAACUUGCGGGCAGGACACAAAUCACGAACUACAGAUUUACGCAGAGGUGAUCAAAAAUCUGGAAGAGAUGUUGACUUGGGUCUAUGGUGGCAUGAGGGCAAAUACCAUCGCAGGGCGAUGGGCAAUCAAACUUCCUGCUCGAUUCAUGGAGUUGUUGCGAGAACGGGAGCCCUUGGCGCUCGUCAUGUUGUCGUACUAUGGCGUGCUUUUACAAUGUCUUGAGCAUAAGUGGUGUUUCGAGGAAUGGUCCAUUCGUGUGGCGAAGGUUGUGUGGGCGAUUUUGGAUGAUCAGUGGAGGCCAUUGAUUCAUUGGUCCAUGACCGAGCUCCUUGGUACGAAUUACCGUGAGGCUGUCAUUUGA